AUGGAUCAAGAUAAAGUAGCUCAUCUUUUGGGGUUAGAAGAAAAAUUGGCCAAAGUCAGGCAGCAAAUAAAUUCAAAAUUGGAUAAUCAAAAACAUUUUGCAGUUAUUUUGACAGCCGUUGAGGAAAAUAUCAACAAUGAUGACAUUUCUAAAAAUAUAAUUGCAUACAUGGUUGCGUUCAUGUCACUACUAGACCAAGCCGUGGAUCAAGAAACUCGUGAAAUAAAAGACUUGAAAUUAGCAUCAUCCGUUUGUUACUUAUUAGAUAUUAUUUUUCAAUAUUCUCCCAAAAAAUUACUGCGAGCAAGAUUUGCUGAAAUACUUACAAAACUGGCACCUUGCAUUACUGACGAAAAUGCUCAAGCCCCUCUAAUAAGAGCUGCUGUUGGUUGUUUGGAAUCUUUACUUGUUGCACAGGAUGCGCAAGCUUGGAAUAAUACUAUGGAUUUGAGUAUAACACCAAAAAGAGGUUUACAGGGUUUGUUAGAAUUAUCAUUGGAUCCAAGACCAAAAGUCAGGAAAAGAGCUCAAGAUAGCAUUCACGCAAUAUUGGCAAAUCCACCUCCGGCUCCCACCGCAGAACAUGUUGCUUCUAUAUCGAUUGCUAGUUUCACUAUAAAAGCCCUUGAAGACCUAUUGCAAGAGGCUGCUGCAAUUUCUAAUAAGAAAUUAAAAGCUCAAAAGAGUGAUAAUGAUUUGAACAGUAGAAUCAUUCGUGUAAUGCGCUUAAUUAGUGCAGUUAUAUCCACUGGUCAGUGGCCUUCUUCCCUAAGUGAACAUCUUUGUGAUAUGCUUUUGCAAGUGACGAAAAGUUCUGAUCAAUACCUAGUCGCUGCUUCCUUCGAUUGCUUUGAACAUCUUUUCAAAAUUAUGGCUGUUUCAUCAGUAAAUUUUGGUUUAGCUGAAAGUAAAUCACUACAAAUCCUCGACAUCAUUUUCUCAUUAACACCUUCGAAUACCGAUACCAACUUAGUAGGUUCAUGGAUUGCAGUGCUUGUGAAAAGUAUGACGGCAUUUUCUGUUCACGAGCCAUUAGAAUGUUUCAAAAAAAUUCCAGAUAUUUUCAAGCUAAUGUCUAACUAUUUAUCGAGUGAAACCCCAGAAGUUUAUUACAGUGCUUCACAAUGUCUCAUUGCUGUAUUGACAGAUGCUGUCAGUGAUAGUCUGUUACUUUAUCCACCAGCUAUAGAUGAGAGUACUUUUGAGGCUGUUGACGAUGUUUUAUUACAUGUUUCAGAGACUUUAGUAGACCUUUUAUCUUUGAGAUACAGCCAUUGCGCUAAGGAGGUUCUUAAUGUAUUAGCAGCGGCAUUUAAAAAAUUUAGAUUCAGAGCUAAUCCUGAUUUCAUAAGACUUUUGGAAAUCGUUGGGGAAUGGAGAACAAAUGAGGAGAAUUUUCUUGAGUUUAGAGAGGAGGCUGAAAAGGUAAUUGGAUCGGCCAUUUAUGCAAUGGGGCCGGAAACUGUUCUUGGUUUAUUACCACUCAAUCUAGAGGAACCAUCGGACGUUAGACCCGGUAGAGCUUGGAUAUUACCAUUAAUACGAGACCAUACAAGAAACACAACACUCUCCACCUUUAUUAUACAACUUGCUCCUUCAAUUAAAUCUUUAGAGUCUAGGCUUGAAAGCUUACCAGAAGAAUCGAUUCAAAGAAAAGUUCUCCAAACUGUUGUCGACCAAAUUUGGUCUACUUUACCACAUUUUUGCGAGCUCCCAACUGACUUGGUAGAAUCUUUUACGGAUGAAUUUGCAUCUGAAUUAGCAUCUUUAUUAUACAGUAAAGUUGCACUAAGAACUACCAUCUGUCAUGCCUUGAAAAUGCUUGUUGAAAGUAAUUCUGCCUAUGUCAAUGGUGGACUGGGCGAUAAUUUGCUGCUAGCACAAUCCUAUCCAAUUGAGAAGGCCCAGAAAUCCCUUGAAUACUUGAGUGCCAAAGCAGGAAAUAUCUUGGCGGUUCUCUUCAACGUUUAUACCCAAACAGCCCCCAAUGCCAGAGGUUAUAUCUUGGAAACUAUCGAGGAAUACUUGAAAAUAACAUCCCAGACGGAUAUGGAAAAAACUUUUAACAACAUCUGUGGCUUGCUUAAAAAUGCUAUGGAUGAGGAGACAAAUGUUCCAAAAAAGGGAAAGCCACAAUUAAGUGCUACUCUGUUAGAUUUGGUUGUGUGCAUGACCAAAUAUGUGCCUUCUACUUCACACCCUGCUCUAUUUUCAAUUUUUGGUACCACUGUUCAAUCGAAAGAUGCACUCACUCAAAAGAGAGCUUAUAGAAUAAUUAUUAGACUUUCAGAGCUAGAGAGUGGAGCUGAAGCACUCUCCAGUUAUCUGUCAGAUAUAGAGGAGAUUAUGGUCCAGAAUACUGAAACGGUCCAAACUGCUUCUAGGUCAGCCAGAUUGGCAGCUAUUAAGACAAUCACUGAACUAUUACCAGCAGAUCGUCUAAGUUUUAUUGUUAGAACUGUCGCAGAAGUCAUUCUAUCAACAAAAGAUGUUAAUGAAAAAUCGAGAGAGGGAGGUUUUGAAACGUUGAUUGCCAUGGGUAAAAAGAUGAAUGACCCUCAUGGAGUCAUUAAACUGUCAAAGAUUUCUGGCUAUGACCCUGAAAUUCCAGAUCAACCUUCUUCUAUGUCUGAAUUUUUCAAAAUCAUCGCGGCUGGUCUAAUCGGUGAAUCACAACACAUGGUAAGUAGUACAAUUACAGCAUUUGCAUGCUUGGUAUUCGAGUUCAAAAGUGAAGUUGAUGCAACAACCUUGGUAGACAUUUACGAUACAAUCGAACUAUAUUUAACCACAAAUUCAAAAGAAAUUGCGAAGAGUGCAAUUGGGUUUGUUAAAGUUUGUGUUCUCGGUCUCUCCGAUGAUUUGAUGAGACCAAAAGUCCCGGAGCUUCUUCCAAAGUUAUUACGUUGGUCGCACGAACAUACCGGUCAUUUCAAAUCAAAGGUUAAAAAUAUCAUUGAAAGAAUGGUAAGAAAAUUUGGAUAUGAGUUUAUCGAGGCUAAUUUCCCUCAAGAUGACAUAAAAUUAUUAGCAAAUAUCAGAAAAGUUCGCAAUAGAAACAAGAGAAAGGAAGCAGAGGAAGAAGUUUCUGGUGUUGCCGCGGUAUCUACUAAAGGUUCAAGAUUCAUGAAUGCAUUUGACGAAGCUAUUUAUGAGUCGUCCGAUAAUGAAAAUGAAAAUGAUGAAGAAACUCAACAGGAUAAGGGUAAAAAGUCCAAACAAUUCAUUGUAGAGUCAAGUGGUAAUCCGUUGGAUCUGUUGGAUUCGCAAACUUUGGCACAUAUUUCAUCUACACGUCCCAAAAAGUUCACCAAGGACCAAAGGAAAAAACAACUGCAAGAUGAUAUGUUCAAUUUUGAUUCUGAAGGAAAACUAAUAAUGAAAGGACAACCUGAUUCUUCCAUUGAUGAUGAUCCACUGAAGUCUGUGACUAGCGGUAUCAAUGCAUACCUUGAAGCUGUCAAACACGGUCCCAUCAGGGGCCAAAAGAACAGACUGAAGUUUAAGAAAGAUGCUAGAGCGGGUGCUGAUAACAGUGAUGAGGAAGAUGAUAAAUUACCUAAAUCGGCUUCUUUGCAUAGAAAUAAGAUUACUAAGGGAAGAAAGAUGGGUCCCAAGUUCAAGUCAAGAAGAAAAUUAUAG